GUCUAGUGUGAUUCGAACUCUUCUCGUUAGACUGGUACCUAGGUAACUACCUAAUAAUAAAUAUGACAUUCUUGAAUAUAGAUCGCUCCCGAAGCCAAUAUGCUAUCAACGACAAGAUCCUACGACUGAUACGGCUUCUAAUAUUAAUAUUGGUGCUAUGUCUAUCUUUUAGUCUACUUUACCCCGAUCGUGAUUUCAAUCUCGCUUCGGCCGGCUUUGUGUUACUUGGGGCGUUCAUACAGGCUUUCGACUUGGAUUGUGGUGGUGUAUCCGAGAUUAGCAUGGUCAUGCAUCUAUGCCUCGAUUCAGUUUUCGCCCUUACUUCUUCGAGUAUGCUAUUACAAUUAAUUCUUCGUGGAAUUGUUGAUUGGAACUACCAACUGACGAUGUGUUUAUGGGGAGGCCUUGCGCAAGCAACACAUCUCUAAACCAAGACUUACACCAGCUUACCUAGAAUUUGGCCAAUAGGAUGUUGACUGGGGUCUUGCUCCAUCGUGAUCUUGGGUAUUAUCUAAAGUUGCGACAAGCGGUGCGACCGCGUAUAAUGUUCACACCUGAAGGAGAUCCCGUAUCGGUUACCCCUGACGAAGAAUUUAUCGUCUAGCCCUUCAAUUUAAAGGGCCCGUUGUUGGUUAUCAAUAGAGUCUCUUUAUAGACCUG